AUGAGCGAUACCGUCACCUUACAGCUACACAGAAAUAAAAACGAGCCCUGGGGAAUCGAGAUUGCUGGAGAUGCUCCUGUCAAGAUUAAAACUGUUCGUGAGAGAACACCAGCGGACUCGGCAGGAGUUCAAGAAGGAGACAUCGUUAUUGCCAUCAACGGAGUCAACGUCUGUAACUCCCGGCACAGGGAAGUCAUUGAUCUGGUGAAAAACUCGGGUAAUGUUUUGCGACUCAAGCUUUUGCCAAAAGAAGAGUUUAUGACGGAGUCCGAGUCUGAAUCAGAAGUGGAGUUGAUGUCCCAAAAAACGAAGGCGUCAAUGUACAAAUCGAAAUCGUCGGUGAAGUCGAAUUGGUGGGAAGGCGACGAAACACCAGAAGAAACUGAGCAAUCAGAAAACGAACAGGACGAAGACUUCAAUCCCGACUUUCAAGUUGACGAGGAAGAAGAAAAGGCGAAGAUGGAAGCGAUCGAACAAAAAAUGAAGUCACUCAACUCCAAGCGCUCUCUCGCCGAACUUCUGGAAGAAGAUAAAACUCGGAAAUUGAUAAAAGCCGAGCACGAGGAGAAAUUUUUCAUCAGCACUGCGGACCAGCGAGAUUAUGAUGAAGAAAUUAAAGCGAACAAGGGACUUGAUGAUCAGUUUGAAGGGAGCUUUGUUGGAAGAAAAGCUUGUAUUCCUGGUUGUUUUGCUGGUGAUAACGUAAUUGUCGAAGAUCGAUGGGAGGGUGGCUACCGAAAGGGAAACGAAGUUACUGGAAUCCGAAAUCGAGUGAAAGCUGGAAUCCAGCAUUACGAAUAUGAUCUUUACGCGAUGUACGCCGCCGAAGAAGACCGAAACAAAGUAGUUAUCUACACAACGACUCUUGGAGUGGACAAAAAACUCGUCGCCGACUGCGACCGAGCAACGACCAUCAUUCGCAACAUGAAAGUUCGCUGGGAAGAGCGCGAUAUUUUCAACUUCGAGGAGCAUAAAAAUGAGUUCCUCGUUCGAAAAGGACUCAAGCCGGGAGCUUCUCUUUCCGGUCAUUUACCAGCUGUUUACAUUGAUGGGCAGUAUAUUGGCGGACUUGAUGAACUUCAAGCCUUGGCGGAUUGUGGCGAUUUGAGAGUGCGACUAGCUGAGUUUGACAAACUCUACGAGCGCCACAAAUGUACUGACUGCCAGGGAACUGGAAAACUGACAUGUUCAGCUUGCAAGGGCAAAAAAGUCAAGAAACGCAAUCGAUUUGGCAAACUCCGCUGCGGAGAGUGCGAUGUCAAUGGCCAAGUCGACUGUAAGGGCUGCUACGUCCCAUCUGAAGGACUCAUGCGAAUGUGA